AUGCUGGAUCUCAAACGGCAGCAGCAAGUACCAGACGCAAACGAAGUAGCAGCAGACGUUGCUGGCGAAAAUAUAAACGAGUGGCCCCUGCACCUCAAGCAUACCACUCCACUCGACACGGAAGCGGUGCGGCAGAUGACAACUGCCCACGCACACACGAAAGCAUUUCUAGAAGAAGCGUACCGCUACAUCACAGUUGGUGCCUCGCCUGACCCAUACCCUAUACCGCACCUCGUGCAGACGUCACGCACCAUCAAGACGACCAAGAUGACGAAGGAGGACCUCCAGAAGGCCGUGAGCAUGGGCAAAUUCGAGCCGUGCCUCGACGAGCACGGUCAGCCGAUUGCUCAUUUCGACAACCGCACUGGCAUGAUCCCGACGGGCUACUACGGUGUCAAUGUGUUCACCGUCCCGGAGAUGAAGGGACGCAGACGACUCAUCACGGAGCCACACCUGAACGCGGUCAUGGACAAGGCAGACAUGCCGCAGGUAAAAUACCCGACGCGGCUUGGGAGGCGGCAAUCGCUACGCUAUGCCAAGUACAUGUUGCAGAUUGACUUUGAGGCUUUCUACGAUGCGAUCCCACUUCCUGCGGCACUGCGCAACAAGUUUGUGUUCCGGUGCGGUGGCAGUUACUACCGUUUGUGCACGCUGCCCACCGGCGCGCGGUGGAGCGUGGCCGUGGGCCAGGCGACCACGUGGGUGAUUGUCGACAUUGAUACCCCUGUGAUUAUACACACGAUGAUCGACAACAUUUUGAUUGCGGCCAAGGAGGGCCAGGAGGAGGAGUUUGUGCGCGCGGUACGACAGGUGUUGCUGCGCAUUCGUGCGGCAAACCUGCUGACCUCACCGGACCGCGAGGAACUACUUCGGUAUACGGAGGAAGAAUUAUUACAUCUCGCCACGCAGAACAACGUAUUUCUUGGCGAAGAGUACAUGUGGAACGGAACCGAGCGGGUGGUACGCAACUCAGUCAAGACGGUCGCGAAGCUAAUGCUGAGUUCGACUCCAGAUCGGCAGCACUCCAUACGCACGUUCGUAUCUGUGGUGUCCCUGGUGUGCUAUGCAAUUCACACGACGCGACUAAACCCGGCAAAGAUGUUCCGACUCUUGCGGGCCUACCGAUACUUUUACCGACAGGUGUCU